AGACAAUCAUAGAUAAAACUUUCCCUCAUAAAAAAUUGAUGUAUUAGCUUUUCUACUUAAAGUCGACGGGGGACCCAACGAAACUCUCAAACAAUGGAAAAGCAUAUUUAAACAACUUGCAUUUUUAAGUUUCCUGAAUUUCUGUGAAUUUUAGACAUGUGAAAAGUCGGCAUUAUAAGAAGUGGCUUUAAGAGGAACAAACAAUUGUCAAAGCCUGACCAUUUCGUUUUUGGCCCCAUUUCUUUAGUGACAGUAAUUAAAAUUGGUCUUACAUGUGACAGGGAGACGGUAAUUGAAAUAUGUAAACAUUGUCCAAAGAACUCCGUUGCCGCUGAAGUGAUCGUACGAUGAUCAAUUCAAUGGAAGCUCCAAGUCUGUAAAAUACGCUCAAACUAUGAAAUUAGCAUUUGAAACUAUCGGGAGACACCCAGCUUCUGGUAGAAUGACAGUAGAGAGUCAGAGUGGGCGUCAUCACUUAAUCCUCGGGGACAAACGUCAUAAGCAUUGGUUCUCUGGGAUCAGCGCCUCCAUUUAAAACCCACUGAUAUCCAUCUUCCACACAGAUAAUGUUGUGUGUGCGGUGCUGCACGAGGUUCCGAUGACAAUGGAAGGUGUUAACACAACUAGACUUCCGUCGAUAGUUCGGUUCCAGGUCGGCGGGUAUGCGACGGAAAGAGAAUCACCGGAGCGAGGCUGGGCAAGAAUCCGGACUUGUCUGAUCGACAACCCUUGUGAUUCGGGACAAAAUAAAAGACAAGAGAUUUGGUCGUACCAUAAAAAGAAUAGGGGAGUCUUAAGGUCUCUAGUAAAAAGCUUGCCCAACAUUCCAUUCCGAAUAAAAAGGAACAAAAAGAGAAGCCAUUCUGACCACGAACUGAGUUCCAAAAAUGAGAAAGCCGAAUCAUUUCUUCCAAAAAUUUCUCCAAUUGGAAUCGAGUCACCGACGAAAAAUGGAAAGAUUCGACCCCUAGGGACAGUGAGUAAAAGUGAUGAUAUCAUUCCAAUUGGAAAAUUGAAGAGUGUACGGAAUAGAGAAGACAGUGCAAUACGACUUACUUCCACCGACACCGAAAACUUACCGGCUACAGGGGUAGAUGGAGUAGAGGAACAGAAGAGACUUGAAACUGGGGACGGGAAAAAUAAUUCUGAGAAAAGAUGUGAAUCUCGCUUGCCUAGAUUACUACCAUUUAAACAACCUCUAAGUAAAUCAAGAGUGGUGUCUUUUUCUACGAACGAUUUGCGCGAUUCUUCACAGGUCAGUGAUAGAAGCGAUUCAAGGUCAUCUUGUCUUAGCGAAGACUCGUCCAAUUCCGAGAAAGGCCUCGAAAAGGUGAAUUUCGGACAUUCUAGUCAACACAUAACAGAACCUAUUCCUAGAUCAGUUUUAGAUAUCAUAACUGGAAACUAUUUAUCAGACCCGAGAAUCAUGGGUGAUAGAGCCAAGAGAGACAGAAAAACCGGCACAUCGGAGACGGCAACCUUCCCCGGAGGGAACGCGGAGAAGGAGUGGUUCGAGAGAGUGUUGGGUGAUAAAGAGAUCAUAGACAUGUCUAACUAUGAGAACUUUGCCAGAACGCCAAGAACUAGGCCAAUCAACGACUCCAUACCAAAGUAUCAGAAUGUUUUAGGCGCAAGCAACCUUCCGGACCGGAAACCAAAGACUGUCACUUCCCGGAGCCCUCUCAAGGUACAGUUCGAUAUUCCCUCGGAAGAGAAACCCUCAACAAAACCAUCAUACCCGACUACGUACCCAAAACAGGCGGGGGAGCCCAUUGCAGCGUACCAAAGAACGACCAAUUCCCCGAGUUAUUUCCCCUUGUUCAGCCGUGAUGGAUCACCAAUCCGUAAAAUCGGCGGGCCACCAAAAAACAAACAACAGCCAGGCGCCAAAUUGAGAAUAUCUUUUCCAAACAGUACACCGACCCAAGAAAACUAAACACAGUGAAAAUAGUCCCUGUUGCUUGUUGUUAAAUACUGUUAUUUUGUUCGUUAUGUUUCUAUUUAUAUAGAUUGUUGAAUUGUUUGUUUUGUCACAUGUAUAAAACACAAUGAUUAAACAGAAAUACUAAAUAA